AUGGUGUACGAGCGCCUUCCCAUCAAGACCACACAUCACGGCGACGAAGAGUUGACGCUCGUGUAUCGUACACUCCCGGGCAUUUCCAUCUUCACUACAUGUCACGAGAUCUACGAUGAAGCAAAAGCUAUUCUCAGCCCUCGUCUUGCUACGAUCAGGAACCAACCUCUCCAGCUUGUUGCCUCACCCCAUGACCACCGUCGUCUCGACAGCUUCCUCGAAUGCCUGGCAGCAUCGGAAGUAAAUUGCAUCAGCUUGAAAGCAAUACGGGAACUGAUUGCAUGGACCUACUGCGAUGAUUGUCACGAUCACUAUACCGAGCAUGACAACCUGGACCUGCCAGUCAACACACCCGCGCAGCAGGUGUGCCUCGCCCGCCCUCCAUAUCUACUCGAGCUUCGAGUCCGCUACUCCAACACCAACAACGACCAACUCCCACCAGCCAUUCCUCCCGAUAAGAUGCCGCCCGAUAAGCGUCCCGACGGUGUCGCUGGCUCAGCUCGUGGCAUUCAGAGCGACGAGCCGUUCCCGUUUCUCGACCUUCCGAAGGACGUACGACUUAUGGUUUACGAGAACUUGCCCACAAAGCUUACGCACUACAAGAACGACAGAUUCACACUCGUCUAUCGUACAAUCGCUGGCAUCAACAUUCUAGCUACGUGCUCUUUCGUCAAGGACGAAGCUAGUGCCAUUCUCAUGCCCAGACUCACCGCCAUCAAGAGCAAGCCCGUCCAGUUGAUUAUAUCACCUUGGCCGCUGGAUGAUGAUAUAGAAACCCUUCUCAGAUGCUUGGCAGCCUCGGAGGUCAACUGCCCACUGAGUAAGGACUUGCGCAAGCUCAUGGGAAGUCCCGAAUUACAAUUUCAACGGCGGGAGAGCUUCCUGGGCUAUCCCAGUCAACACGAAUAUCCCGCAAUGCCCAAUCUCAGCAGGUGGUGCAUUUGCAGUGGACCCGACAAAGGACAUAUUGUCAUUAUACCCGUGGGAACACCCCUGGGGGACCAAAUUGCUUCGAAAUUGGACAGGAUACAGUCCAUGGUGGGUGGCAUAUGCGAUUCGAAGCCCGCAAGGGACCUGUCUGUGAAGGUCCGACGGGUCUUAAUCACAUCAGAGGCGAAGGAGGAACAAGCGAAGAUUGAUGUAUCUCGUGCGGAUCCGGUUCUAGUGAACCGAUACGGUGGCAUCACUUCUCCGCUUCUCAGCGAAGGCGCGCCGAUUGAGGAAGCAGAGUGGGACCAGGACUGGGCAGAGGGUGAACGAUGA